AUGACAUUCUACGCGUUGGCAACUCCAGAAUUUUUGACAUCUUUCUCGCUCGCUCACUUGCUGCAGCACAGGGAAGGAGAAAACCCGAUCCUGGCGUCUACAGGAUAAACUUUCAGGUUGAUUGGCUACAGUACUUAGUACUGUAACGACUUGGCGCGGACAAGGACUGCUGGAGGAGACGAAAAUGAUGCAUCAGCAAUCCAUGAUGGUUGGGGAUAUGUUGCCGGUUCACCCGGAGAUUCCGCACGGCGAGGAGAUGAACAACGUGGGCUAUGAGAACAGCGGGGCGAACGCCUACGACGACCUGUUCCCGGCGCUGCCGCACUCGGCGCCGCCGGUGCAGCGCCACAUCCAGCAGGCUACUAGCAAGUUGCGUGUUGGCUCCUCGCUGCACACCCAGGUUUUCCAUGUGCCAUAUGAAGAGCGGAAACUGGAUAACGCCAACACGUUUGGCGAGGGUGAAUCGUUGCGGACAUGUCAAGCCAUCACCAAGGACACCGGAGCACACAUCGAGAUAUCUACAAGCAAGGACGGCAGCCUCACUUUUCUCCUAACUGGGAAACAUAGUGCCGUUCUGGACGCUCGUCGCAAGAUCUUGACCCAUUUCCAGCAACAGGCUAGCAAGCAAAUCUCGAUUCCCAAGGAACACCACCGCUGGAUUCUCGGCAAGCAGGGCCAGAAACUGAAAGAUCUCGAGAAGGUGACCGCCACCAAGAUCAGCGUGCCCGCCAUCGGCGACAGCAGCGAGGUCGUCACCAUCACCGGCACUAAGGAGGGAAUCGAAAAAGCCGAACAUGAGAUCAGAGUCUGCUCGGAGGAACAGUCGCGCAAGGCGUUUGAAAGGAUCACCGUCCCGAAGAUCUACCACCCGUUUAUCCAGGGCCCUUACGGCGAGCGCGUGGCCGCGCUAACGGCCGAGACGGGCGCGCGCGUGCACAUCCCGCCCGCCUCCACGCCAAGCGAAGAGAUUGUAGUCGCCGGGGAGAAGAACGGCGUGCUGGCUGCCAAGGCACAGAUUGAGCAGAUCGCUGAGGACAUGGCCAAGAAAUGCUCGACGGUCCGCGUGGAAGUGCCCAAGUCGCAGCACAAGUACGUGAUCGGCGCCCGCGGGACCACCAUCCAGGAGAUCCUCAAGGAGACCGGAGUCUCCGUCGAGAUGCCGCCUCCGGACUCACCCACCGGCACCAUCACUCUGCACGGACCUCACAACAAAAUCGGACUUGCUUUAUCGAAGGUGUGUGAAAAAGCUAACUCAGUGAAAACGGCAACAGUUGACGCUCCCACAUGGAUACACAAAUACAUCAUCGGAAAGAACGGCUCGAACAUUAAAAAGAUUACUCAGGACUUCUCUAAGGUGCAUGUUGACAUUACGCAUUCCGAGGACAAGGUGAAGAUCGACGGGCCCCCAGAGGAGGUGGAGCGCGCGCAAGUGGAACUCAACGACUUUGUCAAGAAUCUGAUUGCCACACUCACAUACGUGGAGCUCUCCGUCGAUCCCAAGUUCUUCAAACAUAUUAUUGGCAAGAGUGGAGCUAACAUUAACAGACUGAAGGAUGAGACUGGUGUAGUUAUUAAUAUUAUUGAAGCAGAAGGAAACAAUGUAAUUCGUAUUGAAGGCAGCCACCAAGGGGUAGCUGACGCAGAAAGGAAGUUAAGGGAAAUGGUCAUGAAAUUAGAAAAUGAAAGGUCGAAAGAAGUCUACGUCGACCAUAGGUAUAUUAAGUCCCUCAUCGGCGUAAGAGGGGACAGGAUUAAAGAGAUACGCGAGAAAUUCGAGCGCGUGCUGAUCACCCUACCCGACCAGGGACAGAAGAGAAGUCCGAUCAAACUGAGAGGUCCUCAAGAGGACAUCGAGAAAUGCGAAAAACACCUUAACAAGAUGAUCAAAGAAAUCGCAGAAUCGUCAUACGUCCAAGAAGUGCCAAUCUUCAAGCAGUUCCAUAAGUUUAUCAUCGGGAAGGGUGGUGCUAACCUGAGGAAGAUCAGGGACGAGACGCAGACGCAGAUCGACUUGCCGGCCGAGGGGGAUGACAGUGACGUGAUCACGGUGCGCGGCAAGCGAGAGAACGUAGAGGAAGCGGUGAAGAAGAUCCAACAGAUCCACAACGAGAAGGCGAAUGUAGUCACCGAGGAAGUGACGAUCCCGCCCAAGUACUACAACUCGCUGAUCGGCGCCGGCGGCAAGCUCAUCCACUCCAUCAUGGAGGAGUGCGGCGGCGUGCUCAUUAAGUUCCCCGCGGCCGAUAGCGACAGCGACAAAGUCGUUAUUAAGGGGCCAGGUGAAGACGUGGAGAAAGCGAAAGCGCAGCUGCUCGCCCACGCGUCCGAACGCGAGCUGACAUCGCACACGGCCACCGUGCGCGCUCGCGCCGAGCACCACAAGUUCCUCAUCGGCAAGAGCGGCGCGAACAUUCGCAAGAUCCGCGAACACACCGGCGCGCGCAUCAUCUUCCCCACUGAUAAGGAUGAGGACAAAGAAGCCAUCUUUAUCAUCGGGCGCGAGGAGCAAGUGGAAGCCGCUCGCAAGCAACUGGAAGCGGCCGUGGCUGAGAUCAGCAACGUGUCCGAGAGCGAGAUGGCGGUGGCGGCGCGCCACCACCGGCACUUCGUGGCGCGCCGCGGCGAGGUGCUGCGCCGCAUCGCCGACGACUGCGGCGGCGUGCAGAUCUCCUUCCCGCGCCAGGGCGUCAACAGCGACCGCGUCGUGCUCAAGGGGCCCAAGGACUGCAUCGAGGCCGCCAAGCUGAGGAUCCACGAGAUCAUCGAGGACUUGGAAGCCAAGGUGACGAUCGAAUGCGUGAUACCGCAAAGGCACCACCGCACCGUGAUGGGCGCGCGCGGCUCCAAGGUGAAGGACAUCACGGCGGAGUGCGACGUGCAGAUCAAGUUCCCGGAGCGCGACACGGCCGAGGGCGCCGACAUCCCCGUGCGCAACGGCGACGGCGAGCACGCCGCCAACGACGUCAUCCGCAUCACCGGCCGCCCCGAGAACUGCGAGGCCGCCAAGAAGGCGCUGCUCGAACAGGUCCCCAUCACCAUCGAAGUGGAAGUCCCGAACGACCUGCACAGACUCCUGGCGGGCCAGAAGCGGCGAGAGCUCAUGCAGACCUACGACGUCCAUCUGCUCCUGCCGCCUAAUGAUGAACCCUCGGACAUCGUUAAGGUAACUGGAACGCCUACAAAUGUUGAAAAAGCGAAAGAAGCACUUGUCGAGAAGAUCGUUGAGAUGGAAAAAGAAAAGGAAGACAGAGCCUUGAGGUCAUACGAGCUAAAGUUCAAGGUGGAUCCCGAAUACCACCCCCUGGUGAUCGGCAAGAGCGGCGUGGUGAUCACCAAGAUCCGCACCGACUACGGCGUGCAGAUCAACCUGCCCAAGCGCGGCGAGCCGGACGAUGACGUCAUCACCAUCCAGGGCUACGAGGACAAGGCGCACCAGGCCAAGGACGCCAUCAUGGCCAUCGUCCAUCAGCUGGACAACCAAUACCGCGAGGAAGUGGACAUCGACCCGCGAGUCCACAGACGGCUGAUCGGGCAGCGCGGCAAGAACAUCCGCAAGAUCAUGGACGACUACAAGGUGGACAUCCGCUUCCCGCGCCAGGGCGACGACAGCGUCGUCGUCAUCACCGGCGACGAGGACAACGUGCUCGACGCCAAGGACCAUCUGCUCAACGUGGCCGAGGAAUACUUGCAAGACGUCGCAGACCGCUACACGCGGCCCGCGGCGCCGUCGCUCGACUUCGGCGAGGCGCUGGCCAGCGAGCCGGCCGCCGCCGCCGCCGCCGCCCCCUCCGCGCCGGGCGGCCCGCCGGCGGCCGGCUUCGUGGUGAAGGGCGGGCCGUGGGAGCAGCGCGCGCCCGACACGGCGUCCACGCGGGACUUCCCCACCAUGCCGCGCGCCGCCGCCGCCGCGCCGCCCGCCGCCGCCACCGCGCCCGCCGUCGCCGCCUGGGGCCCGCGCCGCUAG